UGCGUUUCUAAGCUUUAGAAGGCUAUUGGCGCAAGUGGACUGUGAACGCUAACACCUGUCACUACAAUCCCUCGGCGACUUCGUUUUGCAUCGUCAAUCUGAUUUUUCUUUGAACUGCAAAAUGGAGGUGACGUAUCCUGACAUCUCGAAAACAAUGACCCUCCAAGAAGUGUGCGAGGAACUCCACAAAGUUUUCGAAUCUGAUGAGGUCAACAUAGAAUAUGUGCAAGAACUACUGGAAAGCUACAAAUCAAACCCUGCCGACUGGAAGAAAUACGCCAAGUUUGAUCGCUAUCGGUACACAAGAAAUUUGGUUGACGAAGGAAAUGGUAAAUUCAACCUCAUGCUGCUAUGUUGGGGACCCUCCAACGUGUCUACCAUUCACGACCACGCUAAUGCUCAUUGUUUCAUGAAGGGUCUUGCUGGGACACUCAAUGAAGUAAGAUUUGAGUGGCCAAAAGGAGAAAGCGAAACCGAUGAUCAAGGAAUGGUCGAAACAGAGAGAAAUGUCCUCAAGACAAACGCAGUCUGUUACAUCAAUGAUUCUCUAGGGCUUCACCGAGUCGAGAAUCCUUCCCACAGCGAUGGGGCAGUGUCUCUUCACUUAUACUGCCCACCUUACAGCUCCUGUUCUAUGUUCGAUGAACGUACAGGCAAGAGGACCAAAUGCCCUGUCACAUUUUGGAGUAAAUUUGGAAAGAAAUGUGAAACUAGAAAGUCUUAGAAUGAGAAGCGACCAGUGCAGCAGCAAUGACUGCAACAAGUUCUCUACGACUAAGGAGACUUUGUUUACAGUUCAAAAACCGUAGCAUAUAAGGCGGCUUGUUAUAUAUAAACUUGUGACAGAGGAAAGUUCUAUUGCUAUAACGAGACUCAUGUAUUCAUUCUUAAUGUUUUGAAACUUCCAUCCCCUUCCAAAAUUGUUUUCGGAAGAUACCUAAACUAAAACUUCCUUAUUUACUUAUCACAGCUUGUUGCAGGAUCUUAUAAAAUUCAAAACAUUAUUUUUCUUAUUCAAACAACUGUUACCUAAUGGUGAAAGGUGCAGUUUUAUUAGCGUUUGGCUAAUGCAAAGGAAACUUCUCCUCAACUGGCAUAUCUUUUUCAAAAUAGGUGCUGAUAUUAACAAUAUUGCAAAAUAGAGAAAAACCUGGCUACGCGUUUGCACAGGGGAAAAUAGGAACUAAAUUUUAAUAAUGCGCACAUUUAACCUGUGUUUGGACUUUUAUAUAGUAGAAAACACUUAAGUACAUAUUUUGAUACAUUACAUUAUAUAUUAGAAACUGAAUAUUUUGCCUUUUCUGAUAACGGAGUUUGCAAUUUUAAUGUUAGAAAUACAUAACCUAUAUCUUGAUAUUUUCUGCAGUUCGUAUUUUUUUUUUUUUUGGUUUCCUGAAGUGUAGAUUAAAACAUAAGAAUAAUAGUUGCAAAAGAUAAAACGCAUGCAUUUUAGGGUAAUACAGAGCUCUUAUAUAAGGAUAAAUAUAAAUACCUAUGCUUUUGCAUCGUGAAGCACAUGUAUUUAUGUUCCCAAUUCCGAUUGUUACUGUGUUUGUAUUAUAUGCUAUUCUUGGGUACUUAUUCCUGUACAAAAAUAAGAAUAUAUAAAUUUUGCAUUUUUUGAGUGUUGUGAUAACCAGAGUAACGUGCAAUCUUUAGUCAAUCCUAGCUUUAAAAGUGAAAUUUCAGCUUUCAUCGUAAUAUAAACAAUGGUCAACUUAAGAAUAAAACAACUACAAGUUACUGACCGUGAAAGGUUAAUGAGAAUACUUAUUUAAUAAUUUUCUCCCAAAAUUUUUCUUUAUGAAAUUCGGGUGGACUGAAGUCAGCAAUGCGUAAGAUUAAAUAUUCAUUGAGAUUUACCACAGCUCUCGUUAGUUUCAUUGACAGAUACCAGCAUUUUCGUCUAGUGUCAGAAAAGCCAUUUAUUUACCUAACAGAGGAACUAAGGACUCUGCAUAUCUCUUAAAGCUAGAGGAUACUUGAAGGAUGCACAGGUGUAAUAUUUUCUUAUACUUAUAUAUAAUUCUCAAGAAAAUUAACGACUGAUCAUUAUGAUCUGGUAGACUUUUACUGAUUCUUAUAUUCCUCAGUAAAUUCCAUUUCCAUGAUUUGUAAUAUAUGUCAUUACAAAUGACUGUGCCAUCAUUAUUUGAUGUCAAAAAACGAAAGACUUAUGUUAACUGCCUACAAUUUAAUGUUAAUAAGCAAUGAAUCUUUAACAUAAAAAUAAAUACUUCAUUUAGGAAGCAUUCCUAUAGCAAGAAUAAUGAGGUCAUUUUUAGGGUAGGUCGUGUGUACUCAGAGCUUCAUUUGGAAAACGAUGUUAGCCAUUUUUAUCUAUUGUGCAUGUACUACUAUAAUCGAUGCAUGUGUUCUUAGCUUUUAAAGUGCUUCAGAGUAAGGCCAAGUGUCAGUCAUAUUACCUUCCUUGUUUACUGAACGUUCGUGAAGUGCAGUCAAACCUUCAGCACACAGAUGAUGGUCAAUAUACUAAAAUAAAUACAUUUGCAGUCCAUAAAUGCAUUUUCGGGAUAAAAGCCAACACCUGAUAUCACAAUGCCUCGCCAGUCAUUCGGUCAUACACUGAUAUCAGCAGAUGAUAUGUCCCUUAUUUCCAAGGUCAUUAAAAACGAUCACUGAAAUUUGGCAUAGCAGAGAAGCUUCAUCCUUUAUCAAGAGCAAAAUGAUCUCCCCUACAUUUCUUACGACAAAUAAAACCUUUUGAAAAUAGUUUUUACCUUAUACGAUCAUAUUUCCCUCGAAAAAGUGUUUUAAUUCGAAACAUUUCAUCCGGAAACGUUUUUGGUAUUUUCCUAUAAUCAAUCUGUACAAAACGGCUGGCUCUAUAUAAGAAGAAAAAGAGCGAAACUACUAUCAAAUAUACCCUCUUCCAUCUUUCCAACCUAGUUUUCACAGCUGUUAAAAUAGGAUUUAAUGUUUUCCAACACUGAAGCAACACAUAAUCAUCACUCAAUACAGAAUGCUGUAAUAUCUGCUGCUCAUGCCAUGUGAUACAACGAACGGAUAAUUUUGGAAUAACAAACUGAACAAUUAUACAGCUCUUGAAAAAAGUAUUCAAAUGAGUCACCUCGAGAAAAAAUCACCUUCAAAUUUAUUAAUAAUUCAUCAGAAGGGGGUAUCACCAGACAUAAAUAUCAUUGGCAUCUUAGUUACAAGAAAUUAGCAAAACCUUUUUUCUUGAAUGAAUUGACCUACUAAUGAAAAUAUUUGCCUAAAUUUAGUUCUGUGUCUCACACUUUUGUGGUGUAGGGGAAAGAUAUUCUUUUAAUAAAUAAUGUCUGGAA